AUGCGGAACCACACCCGCACCCACCGCCUCUCACAAAGAGCCGCGCCUUUCACCACCACCACCAAGGCGACCAGUCAAGCCGAGAGGGCAAGGCGUCUUCGCUACAAUUUUCAACCCGUACUGACAUGCCUGGUAGGAUCGUUUGCCGACGUUCCCCAGGAUCUCCUCAAGGAGAUCCAGGAGCUCGAGUGCCUGUUCACUAUUGAUACGGCCAAGCUGAAGCAGAUUACCAACCGUUUCCAAGCCGAGCUUGAUAAAGGCCUAAGCGUCGAGGGAGGAAGCAUACCUAUGAACCCAACAUGGGUCAUGUCGUUUCCGACUGGCUACGAGACGGGCACGUAUCUGGCUCUGGACAUGGGAGGCACUAACUUGCGUGUCUGCCAAAUCACCCUGACGGAGCAAAAGUCCGAGUUUGAUAUCAUUCAGUCAAAGUACCGAAUGCCCGAGGAGCUCAAGACUGGCGAGGCUGACGAGCUCUGGGAGUACAUCGCGGAUUGUCUCAUGCAGUUCCUUGAGACCCACCACGGUGACACGUCAAAACUGGAAAAGCUGCCUCUUGGCUUCACCUUCUCGUACCCUGCCACGCAAAACUACGUCGACGCGGGAAUCCUGCAGCGAUGGACCAAGGGCUUCGACAUUGCCGGCGUCGAGGGCCACAACGUUGUGCCCAUGUUCGAAGCUGCCCUCGCGGCGAGGGGUGUUCCUAUCAAGCUAGCUGCCUUGAUCAACGACACGACUGGCACCCUAAUUGCCUCUGCCUACACCGACACCAAGAUGAAGAUUGGAUGCAUCUUUGGUACAGGAUGCAAUGCUGCUUAUAUGGAGGACUGCGGGUCGAUCCCCAAGCUUGCUCACCUCAACCUCCCACCCGAUACGCCCAUGGCAAUCAACUGCGAGUGGGGCGCGUUCGACAACGAGCACCAAGUCCUACCACGGACUCCCUACGACAUCACUAUCGACAAGGACUCUCCUCGCCCGGGACAGCAAGCGUUUGAGAAGAUGAUCGCCGGUCUAUAUCUCGGCGAAAUCUUCCGCCUGGUCAUGGUCGACUUGCAUGACAACCACGAAACGCACAUCUUUGCUAACCAGGAUAUUUCCAAGCUCCGGAAGGCGUAUUCGCUGGACUCGUCUUUCUUAUCUGCCAUUGAAGAGGAUCCGUACGAGAAUCUGUCGGAGACUUUUGAGCUCUUCCAGAACAAGCUUGAUAUCACCCCGAGCCUCCCGGAGCUCGAGCUCAUUCGGCGCACGGCUGAGCUCAUUGGAACUCGUGCCGCUCGUCUCUCGGCCUGUGGCGUUGCCGCCAUUAGCAGGAAGAAGAGCUAUAACACUUGCCAUGUGGGCGCCGACGGUUCGGUAUUCAACAAAUACCCGAACUUCAAGGCUCGCGGGGCGCUGGCCCUCCGCGAAAUUCUUGAUUGGCCGGAAAAGAAUGACCCCAAAGAAGACGACCCAAUUGAGAUCUUAGCUGCUGAGGAUGGCAGUGGCGUUGGUGCUGCUCUUAUUGCCGCGCUGACGCUGCAGCGGGUAAAGAACGGCAACAUGCACGGCAUCUUGCAUCCUGAGAAUUACCAGUGA